UAGACAUUACCUUUAACCCAACCUUACCUGGUCUACCCAUCAAAAAUUGCUUGCAGAGACAUCACAAUCCCAAUCAACGCUGAUAAAUACAUGUACAAGAGAAAACGAGCAAGUGUUUGGGUCUGGAACCAUCAUCUUUCAAAAGGCGGAGGUUUCUCUUCUUCUUCCAUUAUUCCAUAAAUCAAGACCAUGCUGUUCAAGAAAGACAGCAACGGCAACAAUGCGGAAGCUAUCAAAUUCGCAGGGAUGCGUUCCAUGUUGGCCAUUAUCGUUGUCCUCAUGAGCUGGCGGAUUUUUGUUCUUGUCUUGGGGACGUUCGAGGGCAAGUUGGGGAGUGGUACCACCUACAAGGAAGCCCAACUUAACAUUGGUGAAGUAAUUGCCAAUGUGGCAACCAGUGCUGCCACGGCCAGUCGCUUCAAGGGAGAUCCGGUCCGAGCCUACAAUGAGAAACGUCGCUUUGGUGCAACUGCCAGCAAGUCUCUCCGCACCGGUGGAAAACAAGCCGAGGACUUGUCGGCAUUUCUCCAAGCCGAACCUCUCUACCAAAAAUGCCGCAAGUGGGCCGUGGUCACCACUAUUUACGAACCGGCCAAUGCCAUCAAACGAGUGGGGAAUGAACUCACCCAAUGGUGCAUGGUGGUGGUCGCCGAUACCAAGACUCCAGAAACCUACAUGGACAUGGCUGGCUGGAACAAGACUGGUACUGGAACCAAAGUUCAAUUCUUGUCCGUACCGGCACAGGAGAAACUGGCCAAGAUGGUACCCUUUGUGGAACAAACACCCUACCGAAGCUUUGCACGCAAAAAUAUUGGUUAUCUCUACGCCAUUUGGAUGGGGGCCACUACCAUUUUUGACUUCGAUGACGACAAUCUGGUCUCUCUGAAAGACGAAGUGGGAGACAGCAUGUUUUCCGGUGUCGAAAUCAUGUCCAGCUUUGCCGAUAACGAACGCGUCAUGGUCAAGCAAGUCAGCGCUCCCAUGGCGUAUGAGGGUCGUGCCUUUAAUCCAUUCCCCAUGAUGGGAUCCUCCAUUACCGAUGCUUGGCCUCGUGGAAUGCCUCUGUCGCUCAUCAACAGCAAGGCAGCCAGGGGAGAGAGUGGUCCGUUGAUGCUGAAAGAGUUGCAGCGAUCCAAUAUUGCUGUGGUCCAGUCUGUCUGCGACAAUGAUCCGGAUGUUGAUGCCAUCUACCGACUCAGUCGACCAUUGCCAUUUCAAUUUGAGAAGGAACGAACCAAGGCCAUGACAUUGGAGGUUCCAUCCAACCAAUACAGUCCAUACAAUGCACAAGCAACACUACAUUUCCCUGUUGCCUUUUGGGGGUUGUACUUGCCCAUCACUGUCAAUGGACGCGUCAGUGAUAUUUGGCGGUCUUACAUUGUGCAGAGACUCUUGAGAGAGCUCGAGACACCAGCCCGUGUUUUGUACAGUCCACCCAUGGUCACUCAGUUCCGUAAUGCUCAUGACUAUGCUGGUGAUUUUGUUGCAGAACAGCAUUUGUAUCUCCGCACAGAAGCGUUGCUGGAAUUCUUGGACAACUGGAGAUUCAGCACAGAAGGUAGUGCUGAGGAUUCAUUGCAGGCUCGCAUUGAGGACUUGUGGAUCAAGCUUUACGAAAGACAGUACAUUGAAAUGAUAGAUGUUCAGGCAGUCCAAGAAUGGCUCACAGCUCUGGAACAAGGUGGCUACACAUUUCCCGCCGUCAAAGCCAAGGAAAUCAAUAGUACGGGUGGAGUCGAAGAUCGACGGGAGUGUGCUCGCCAAAGACUGGUGCAUUGGGAAGAACCCAAGCCAACCUUCAUGGGGGGUGCCAAUUAUGGUGCCAUGACAUUGGAUCACAGUAGCAAUGUAUCUGUGGCCAAGUUGUUGGCACAGUACGAGGCGACCAACCCCUUCCCGCACAGCGUUGACCUUAUCUGCCGUGCUGGUGCAGCUCAUAUGCCUCAUGAAUUGGCAAUCAUGAUUGAGAGUGUAGAGCUCUACUGGCCCAGGUGUGCAGGACGUGUCAUCAUUGUUCUUGAUGUCGGCGAUGAAGAGUUUGCUAAGCAAAACAUCCCAUCUUGGAUGGAAGUCAUCUAUUCCCAGUUUGAGCAUGGUAUGCCAGGUAGAAUGGGAAACCAACUUUUCAACAUGUACUCGGAGCAGCAAGGGACGUCUAAGUAUGUGGCCAUCAUGGACACAGACACUGCAUUGCAUACACCCAUUACUCCUGAUCUCUUGUUCAACAUUGAGAAGCCAGAUGCCCCACCUUUCAUCAUGGCAGAGACCACAUACCAGAAGGGAAUGUGGAGCAAGGGUGACAAGUGGAUGCUAAAGGGGGACUCUGAUGAUUGGAAUUUCAUGAUCAAGCUGCCCACAGUCUGGCCUCGAGCCAUGUUCCCUCAGUAUCGAGCAGAAGUCGAAGCAAAGCAUGGUAACCAAUUUGAAACUACAUUACUCUGGAAAGAAUUGUUGGACAAUGAAGGCAAGACUUGGCGAAUGAUGUCUCAAUUCUGCCUGCUAGGGAAUUGGAUGGUGCGGCAUUGGAAGGGUUCUCCUUUUGAUUUGAGGAAGGAAGAUGACAUCCCGGCAAUUCGUUAUGGGGUGCACCUUCCAUAUUAUGAAGGGCUAGACUUUGGCCCUCAACCAAAGCAGGGCUUGAAAGACCCUGAAAUAUUCCAAAAGACUGGUCGUCAACAGAUUCUCAGGGGGCUUUGUGAGCUAUUCUGCUAUGAAACGCCACGCAAGGAAGGCUCCAUACCAUCAACGGGACUAGCAGAUGGAAACCUACCCAAGCUGCAUUCUUGUGCUGCAAAUUGCCCGAACCCCAUAGAACAGCCCAAUGAAAUGUACUUCAAAUACGAGGUCAUUGUCUAUGGAACACCAGAGCAGCGCCAGAAGGUUUUGGGUGACCACUUCCAACCACUCAAAAUUGCCUUGGGUUCUGUCAUAUCUGCCAACACAGCCAACACAACCAGCAGCACCAACUAAAUUUUUGUCACUACAUAACACAUACACGGUCC